AUGCCAACUCUCGACCCUGUUAUGUUGGUUUUACGUAUUAAACACGUUAUAAUGCACCUGUAUAAGGUGGCCUGUGCAACGUUAUAUGUAACUAUAGAUUAUAACUGGAUAACCGUUUUUGUAAGAAUGCAAGGGGUAUUUGACAAUGGUUCAAAAUUAGCCAGGACUGAGUUAGGAAGUUUCAAGAGAGUAACUGAUACACUCAGGUUUAUAUUAAAACUCUCCGAGUCGAUUACUAACGUUCCUAAUUGCCGGUGCAAAUGUCCCCUCCCCAUCACUUUUGUUAGUCUUGAAACGGGGCUUUUAAGAGGAGCUAAAAAUGUACUCACCUCAAGCCUUCAUCGAGCCACACGUGUUGGCUGGGCUUGGGCCACUGCCUGCUUGCUCUUCUUGUGCUUAAGAUAUGCUAGCAAGUCCGCCAAUCCAGUAUGGUCUUUUGAGGGUUAUGGCAAGCUCAUGGCUGUAAUAGGUUCCCUCUCAGCGGUUUGGCUCAUUUAUGAAAACAGUUUUUUUCCUGCCCUCAGACCAAUAAACGCUAAGCAGUCUUUUUCGAAACUUUCUUGGGUCCUUCCCAGCUUGGCCUAUGGAUCUCUACAGUUUCUUGUUUUAUGGCUCUUCACUAAUUACAGUGUUCUCUGCCGAUGGGCCGGUGUUGAUCCCACCUACUUUGGGCCAGGAGUUAUCUUGACUCUGUUCUUUGGUUUUCUAGCCGGCGGCCUCCCUGCUCUGAGUAAUCGAUUACGCGCCUUCCUUCACCUUAUUUUUGGUUUUACCGGAGGCGCGCUGCUUUAUUACGCAUCUCCUCUUCUUUCGUACUUGGGGGGUUUAGCUGUAGCUCUAUUUGUGGCAUCAUCGUGGGCGAAGGUUUUAGAGGGCGUUCAGUCUUGGGCUUUAUACAAGGGAAGGUUUUUUCUUUUGGCGCAGUCCUGCCUGCUGUUUUUAGAAUUUACAACGGUUUGGAACAUAGCUUAUAUGUUUUUAGGAAUAGGUGACGCAUUUCGGGAAGCUCCCCAUUACCCACUCUUUUUUGCCAUCCUCGUUCUUGGUUUCAACAACAUUUACUCUAGUGUAGAGUGCUCUCCAGAGCCUUCUGGCAACCGUCACAAUAUUAAAAAGGAAGGCAGCGUAGAGUUGUCCUAUCGCUCUUUUUCUUUAGAGGGGCUAUUAUGGAUGACUAUUUUCUUUUUGCCCUCAUUUAUGGCUUCCCUUCUCGUGCGCAGCAGUCCAGCUCUGACUGUAUCUAACCCUCAUCGUGUUUUUGACAAGAGCGAACGCAUUAAGGCUAUGGUUUGGAAUGUCCACACAGGAUAUGACAAUUAUGGAUUUGACAACUAUGUGAGCGGUGUACGGUUAUUACAAGACAUGGAGGCUGGAAUAAUUGCCAUCCUCGAGAGCGACCAGGCUCGCUUAAUUACCGACAACCGCGAUCAAGUCGAGUACUUUGGUGCAUCACUCGGUUUUCCUUAUUACCAUUAUGGCAUCAAAACUCGUAUGUGCACGUGGGGGUGCGCAUUACUAUCUCUAUAUCCAAUAGUCAACAACGCCGCGACUGUUCUCCCCUCUCCAAAAGGAACUAAAUCUUGCUUGAUUGAUGUCGUAUUAAACGUGAGUGGAUAUGAAGUCUCUGUUUUAAUUAGUCACUUUUCAACGGAGGAAUUUCCCGAAGACUUGGAUAUGCAGAGCUCAGAACUUGCAAAGAUAGCAGCUGCCAAAACGAUGCCUACAAUAGUCUUAUGCUACAUAACAAGUGCCCCGACCUCGGAUAAACGCAAACCGCCUCAUAUGAAGCAAAAUUAUGAAAAACUUAUUAAAGUAGGAGGCUUAAAGGACCCCGACCCUGAGGACUUUGAUAGAUGGUGCCAGUAUAUUUUUUAUAAGAACAUCCAGUGUUUAAAUUUUUACCACGUCAAUACCUUCUUUUUAUCGGACACGGAGGCUCUUGCUGCUGACUUUUCCCUUAAAUUUUCUUGCCAUGAGAAGGAAAAGAGUAAAUGCCAGACUUCUUAUAAACCGGUAGUCGCCAAGGUGUACGACUAUGACAUUAAACAUAGAAAACUGGUAUACAAGUACAAUAGAAGCAGAUUAUAA